AUGACCAGCACAAAACCCACCGAUGCCACCGCUUUCUUUGUUGAUUUCAUGAUGGGAGGUACUGCAGCUGCUAUAUCGAAGACUGCAGCCGCUCCCAUUGAACGCAUUAAACUUCUUAUACAGAACCAGGGAGCUAUGAUUGCUUCCGAAAGGCUAGACCGUCCCUACAAGGGCAUCGCUGACUGCUUCAAGCGGACCGUUUCCGAAGAAGGGGCCAUCAGCUUGUGGAGGGGUAAUGGGACGAAUGUGCUCAGAUACUUCCCUACCCAGGCCCUGAAUUUUGCAUUCAAGGACAGCUUCAAACAAAUGUUUGGUUUCAAAAAAUCAGAACAAUUCGGUUUAUGGGUUCUUGGAAACAUCGCCAGUGGAGCAGCUGCUGGAGCAUCUUCCUCUGUCUUCGUGUAUUCACUUGACUACGCCCGCACACGAUUAUCUGCUGACGGCAAGAGUUCCGCUAAAGGAGGCCAACGCCAAUUUUCCGGUUUGAUCGACGUAUACAGGCAGACCCUCCGUUCUGAUGGGGUUGUUGGCUUGUACAGAGGAUUCGUGCCCAGCGUAGUUGGCAUCUGCGUGUAUCGAGGCCUCUACUUUGGAGGGUAUGACACGAUUAGAGACACGUUGCUAGUAGGAAAUUUGCGUGGUAACUUUUUUGCCUCUUUUGCUGUGGGUUGGAUGUGCACGACGGGAGCGGCAUUGGCUGCAUACCCACUUGACACCAUCAGGAGACGGAUGAUGAUGACAUCUGGGGAAAAGGUACAAUACAGGUCCUUUAUUGAGGCCGGAAGGCAUAUCAUGGCCAAAGAGGGUGUAAGGUCGUUGUUCGCUGGGGCAGGCGCAAAUAUCCUUCGUGGUGUGGCCGGCGCGGGUGUGCUAUCUUUGUACGACAAGUAUGGCAUGGCUAUCUUACAUUUACUUGCUAUCUCUAACUCCGAAUGCUUCUAUAGAUUCCAGGAACUCGCUUGGGGAAAGGUGUACCAGGCUGGAUCUAGUUGA